AUGGCCGGAGACAUAGAACUCAUCAAUAGCCUCACGGCUGAGCAAGCCCGUGGAAUCCUCAUUUACCUGUCUCAAAAUCGUUCGGUUGCAAAAAAAGUGAGCAAAUUAGCAAGAGAAAUGAAAACUUCUGCUCGCACGAAGGCAGUAUGCGUACAGUGCAGCGCAACAUUCGAUCCAAGUGAUACCGCUAAGAAUUGCUUCUACCAUAAUGGUCAGCUUGAAGCCGACUAUGACGGUGAUUUUUGGGCCGACCAUGAUGAGGAUUGUCAUGGAACCAUUGACACUGAUGAGAUGCGCGAGGAGUUUCCAGAAGGGUUUAUAUGGAAUUGUUGCGAUAAAGGCGGAGAUGACAUAGGCUGUCGGUGGGGCAGACAUCAAUCAGACCCAAACAAGGUGGAAGACGGGGAAGAUGCUGACCUAUACGAUGAUGGUUGGGAUGAUGAUGAUGACGACGACGACGACCUUGAUGAUGAGGAUGAAGACGACAAAGAAGAAGUUGCCGAUGAAGACCACGGGAAUAAAAGAAGUAACGGAGAUGAGAGCCAAGAUCCAGGGCCCAAUAAAAGGCAGAAGCUCUAG